GAUGUCAGAGUGAGUCUGAAGGUGGUAGGAAAACCACCCUUUUCCCAACAGAUGGUGAAAGGAGAAAGGAUGCUGAGCUCAGGUCCUCUGGUAUUAUAUUUGUGUGUGUGUUCCUGUCAUGAACUUUUAUUUGUUGUAUCCUGAUUCAAACACUUUUGUGUCUCUUUAGAGAAACUUCAGGGCUCUGAGGUCCUGUCAAUGUCUGAUAAAUGUUGUUAUUUAAAAACCAUGGGUGAAACAGAAAGUAAAGUGAGGAGAUAAUUUUCUGUUCUCUCAGAUAAGACCAGGAAUUCUGUCUCUGAGUCGGUUUCUGUGAAAUCAUGUGACCUCAGACUCUCUCCUGAUAUAAACUCUGCCUCCUCUGAUUCUGAGAGCUUCCACACACUGAGAGCUUCCACACGCUGAGAGCUGAACAUCAGGUAAGAAGACUUUGAAUUAAGAAACUCUGAAGCUGUUGAGAUCAGGAGGAGACAGCAGCUUUAAUUACUAACAUCAAACUUACUUCACUGAAGACUAAACAAAGAUGAGAGAGACGUUCAGACAAAUCUGAACUCAUGUUGUAUUGUUGAAUUAAGUGUAUUUAAGACAAUGGAGAGCUUUUAUUUUGGCAUCGUAUUUACAGGUGUGAUGUCGUUUAUAUUAAACAUAAAUUUAUAUUAAAUUAAUGUUAAGUUAAGUUGUUACAUAUUUUUUAUGUGCUGACAGAAACGAACUUCAGACACUGUUUUUUUUACUGCAUUUCUUCAGUUUGUUGUUUUGUACAAAAUAUUUUUUUCAGCACAUCAAAAGAUUUUUCAGUGACUUCAGGAUUUUUUCUGCAUGUUCAGAAAAUAUUAAAAUGUUUUCUUUACAGUCAUCAAAUAUUUCUCAGUUGUCCCUCAGGGCCACCGUAACCUGGUCCUCUGUGUUGUCUUUACUUUUCAGCUUGUUUAUCCUCUAAAGGGGGCGGGGCUUAAAAUAGUUUUGUUCUUUAAGGUGUGACUUUAAACAAAAGAAACACAAUCCUUCAGAAACGAUCAUUUGAAUGUUGAUGUCUGAAAACAAAGUGGAGCUAAAGCUGGAAUAUUUGUGCUGCUGGAUCAGGUUCAGGCUGAGCUGAAAUAUGUUCCUCAUCAGACAGGAAGCUGAACUCAAACACUCUCAGAGUUUGUGGGUUAAAUGAUCAUGAAAGAAAAACAGAUGAGAUUACUGAACAUGAUGGACGUUAACAUCCCUAAAAGCUCAAAUGUGAUUGAAAAUAAAUACACUGAAAAAUCUGAACCUGAAGAGCUUUAAAAGUUUGAGGAGAAGAGGUUUUUAAAGAGUCCUUCUUUUUAUUCCCAUCAGAACAAAACUCUUCAUAGGGAGAUGUUUCACUGCUAGAACAGGACCAGAAGUCUGAGAGACCAGGAGAAAAACAGGGAUUUAGAAGAUCCCAGCUCCUGGUUUUCAUGAAAAAAGAGUUUAUAAAAGGGACCACCUGCUGAAGAGGAGUGUUUCUGACUCUGCUGAUUUCAGAGAGAAGACUGUUUUCAAUCAGAACUGCUCAUGUUAAAGAAACACAACAUCAACUAAAGGUUCAAGCCUUUCACUUCUUUUUUCUUCCACAGAUUAGCCGCCUCAUCCUCCUGCUCCUGCGAUCAAGUAACCAUGGCAACGUGAGUACUGUUACCUUACAACCUGAUUGUUGUCACUGGUCAGACAUCAUCCUCAGACCCUCAUCAUGAACCCGAGCGAACAAACAGUCAACAUCAUGAGAUUCAAAAGUUCAUCAUUAGUUUAUCAAACUCUCAGCCUCAUUUAGCCUCCAGUGUGAAAGUGAAGUGUGGGCUCAGGGUGUUCACAUGCUGCAUUUAUAAAUGGGAGGUUUUUUUAUACCCAGUCUGUAAUUUGUAGCGACCAAAGGUGUUAUGGUAGACCUAGAGCCAGCAGCUGGACCAGUAUUGUGUGUCUGUUGUGUUACAGGCCAUACCUGCAGCAGUUCUGCAGUGUAAUGUGAUGUGUAAAGAAAUUUGUCUUACUAACAAAAACAAAGCAGCACGUAAAUGCACAAAGACAAGAAUGUCUUUACAGCAUUCAAUUCAGAAGUCACAACACUUGUGGAUGUAGCCUGGCUGGGCCAUCCUGUUGUGCGAGUCACUUGACGUUCCUUCCCACCACAGUCUGGACUUCGGCCCAUAGAGAGCGUGUAUUCCCGAUCAGAAAAUAACCGGGCCAAUCAGAGACCCUGUUUCCACUGUUACCCGGACAACAGGGAAAGGCAGCCCCUGAUUGGUCCAUGUGUAGUGGUGACGUCUAACACAUGCUGCGGGACUUUUCGCAGCCCUGUUCAUUCAGAACAUCGUUAAUUCUGCAGUUGACUCUGCAAAGUCGGCAGUUAUCGUUUAUAUCCGACAUCUUCUGCGGAUCUAAACGAUUUCUGCCGACUUUGCAGAGUCAACUGCAGAUGGCCCAGCCAGGCUAUUGUGGAUGUCCAUGUAGAUUCUCAUUCAUCCAGGUCAUGGUUAUCUUGAAGACUUAAAAACAGGCAACUGGACUUUGUAGAGUUGAGAAGACGUUUCGCCUCUUAUCCAAGAAGCUUCUUCAGUUCUAAAAUUGCUAGUGUCAGGAGCAGAUAUUUAUCUUACUGUAGAAGGGGACAGACAACGACUGGGAGGAGUUGGAAAGAAUGGCUCGUAGAAACCCAUGGGUCCAUGGGUCAUGUGGUCUCAGGUGUAAAUGUUUGUGGAGCUUCCUGGGGAGAGAGCUGAGAACUGCAUUCAGAGAAGGUUUCUCCAGCCUGGUAAAGAUGGCUUCUUUAACUCCUCUUUCAAACCAUCUGUCUUCUCCAGCCAACACCUGUACAUUGCUGUCCUCGAAAGAGUGACCUGUAUCCUUCAAGUGAAGGUGGACAGCUGAGUCCUGACCUGAGGAAGUGGCUCUCCUGUGUUGAGCCAUGCGCUUGUGAAGCGGUUGUUUAGUUUCCCCAAUGUACAGGUCCGAGCAUUCCUCGCUGCACUGGACGGCAUACACCACAUUACUCUGUUUAUGUCUCGGUGUUUUGUCCUUGGGAUGGACUAGCCUCUGCCUUAGUGUGUUACCAGGCUUGAAAUGAACAGGAAUGUGGUGUUUGCUAAAGAUCCUCUUGAGUUUUUCCGACAGGCCUGCAACGUAAGGGAUUACAGCAGUGGCGAUUGCUCUAAGACUGCAAGGGAAGCUCGGCUUCCCUUAAAAUGUCACCCCCCCAAAAAAAGAAAAAGUGGUGAAAAACGUACGGCUGUGUGUACAUUUCAUUAACUAAAUACGCACUAGAAAGCCUUCAUCUUUUGUUCAGACACUGUGAUAAGAAGCUGAUAAUCACAGGUAACCGGCAUAACUUCGUUCUCAUUCAUCCUCGCAGCGCCUCAGCGCUUCAAACAGUCGGACGCUGGGCUUCUGCUGACUUCAAUGUGGAAGCUAAAAGUGGGUUGUUCCAGCAGCGAAACUAGACGCUCAUUGGAUAAAUGCUGGGCUUUGUCCCGCCCAUCGGAAGCCCAGCUUCACUGGAGUUCUAUGGCGAGAGGGCGGUCCCGACUUUCUCCCGGACUCCAAGCUUCUGCAUCCAUGAUUGGAUGAGCUGUCUGAGGCGAAAUCCUUUUUUGAUUGACAGCUAAACAAGCGAAUCAGCGAUCUUGAAGAAUAAAACAUCUACCAGAGCAUUUUCCAAAAUAUUCAUUCCGUUGUUCUUAACUGCUCCAGAGACUUUACCGAUCCUCAGCGACUUUUGUCUUUGUUAAAAACGACUGCCGUUGUGUUUGGCGACUCUGUUCUGUUACAUACUAAUAAACAAAUACAAUUAUGAUGUAGGCCAGAAAAAAUGAGCUUCCCCUCCUUGAAAGACCAGCAGCCGCCACUGGAUUACAGUGCUCUUGCGUCUCUCCUCCCUUUCCUGUUCAGUGUUAUUUCUCUUUCUGUUCUUCACAAAGGCCCACUUAGGGUAUCCACAGGUUGUCAGGGCAUUUUUGAUGUGCUUUUGUUCCUUUUCCUUACCUUCUUCCUUUGUGGGAAUGUUCUCAGCCCGGUGGUUGAGUGUUCUGAUGACACCCAGUUUGUGCUGCAGAGGAUGGUGGGAAUCAAAAAGUAGAUAUUGAUCCGUGUGUGUUGGUUUCCUGUACACUUCAACGUUGAGACACCCAUCUGCCUCCAAGUGUACAGCACAGUCCAAAAAGGCCAACACUUUGUCCUUGACAUCUUCACGGGUGAACUUGAUGUUGCUGUCCACUGUGUUGAUAUGGUCAGUGAAGGCCUCUACUUCAUGUGUUUUGAUCUUAACCCAGGUGUCAUCCACAUAUCUGAAUCAGUGGCUAGGAGCGGCUCCUUUGAAGGAGGUUAGGGCCUUCCUCUCUACCUCUUCUAUGUACAGGUUGGCCACUAUUGGAGAAACCGGGGAGCCCAUCGCGCAUCCGUGUUUCUGUCUGUAAUGGCGCGCUCUGAACUGGAAAUAGGUGGUGCUGAGGCAGAUGUCCAAUAAGGAGCAGAUGUGGUCAGGGGUUAAGUUGGUUCUGACUUCCAGUGUGCUGUCCUGUGAGAGGCGUUGUCUUACUGCUUGGACUGCCUCUGUUGUCGGAAUACUCGUGAAAAGUCAUGUGACAUCAUAGGAAACCAUGGUUUCAUCUGGGUCCAGCCUGAUGUCCUUGAAUUUCUCUUUUUCUUACAAUGCAGUUCUCUCUCCCCAGGAAGCUCCACAAACAUUUACACCUGGGACCACAUGAUCCAGGUGACAUGAGUCAUGUGGUCACAUGACAGGGGUCGUUAACGACCCUUUCAGGUUAACGACUUGGGGGGGGCACACCCUCUACACAGUCCAGUUGCCUGUUUUUAAGUCUUCAAGAAACACUAGUGGAUGUGACGGCCUCUGUCGUGGUGACUUGUGGUGACUGUAGUCUCUGAGUUCCUGCCGUCCUCCUGGCCUGUUUCAGGGUAGAAGAGUCUCUGUCAGGAGAUGACUGAUAUUUGUGUUCCACCACAAUACUGCAGUGCCAAACAGUUAACCCUCACUUCUGUUAAAACACCUGGAAACUGACUUAGACGAACUUCCACUGAAAUGUUUGUAAAUGUGAACGUUUGUGUCACAGGUCUUUGAAGGGAUUGGUCGAACAACAUCGUAAAUUCCUAAAGGGACUGUUUGAUGUCAAUACCAUAUUUAAGAAUAACCUCAUGAACAUAACCACCUCUGAUAAAAUGACACGUACAAACUUUUCCCUCACUUCCUCUGCUCUCCUCAGUGCUACAGACUAAAACAGUCCAAAACUGUAAAUAUCAGUUCAAUGGAAAAGCUUGUUCAUAUUUGUGUAAUAUUUCAUGUUUCAUAUUUGCACAUGGAGAGACAGUCUACCAGGGUUAGUUUACUUUGUACAUUUAUUAACAUACUUAGCCAAUAAAGCUGGUUCUGGUUCUGAUACUGAGACUUGCCUUGACUGCUUUGAACUGCUAAAACCAUCUCCUCAGGAUAAAACAAAACCUAAUUUCAUUGAGGUUGGAAAUGGUGAUAAACGUAAAUAAAAACAGAAUACAAUGAUUUGUAAAUCCUUUUUAACCUAUAUUCAACUAAAUUCACUACAAAGACGAGAUACUUAAUGUUCAAACUCAUAAACUUUAUUGUUUUUUUGCAAAUAAUAAUUAACUCAUAAUUUCAUGGCAGCAACACGUGACAAAGUAGUUGGACAGGGUCAUGUUUACCUCUGUGUUCUGUCACCUUUCCUUUUAACGACACUUUUAACAAUGACCGAUUGUCCUCGCUCCAUGUAGUUUCCCUUCAAAUGGAGGGGAACCUGAAUUAGGACUGAAUGUUUUAUUUUAAAAACAAAGCCUAAACAGAGUGUCACUCUGUCACUUUGACGCGUUGUCAAUCACGCAUUGUCAAUGCGCAUUGCGUUGUGACACGUGACAACAUAAAUCACUCUUUCCCCCUGUUUUACCUAAUUUCUGAGUACAGUGCAUAAGAAAUAAGCCAACAGGUGUCACUUCAGAGAGAAAUAAAACAGAGAAAACAGAUAAAAACACAGUUUAUUUAUUGACUUGGAAGGUCCCGGAUCUGAUCAAAGAGGUCCCGUAGUGCGCUCCGGCUUGCUCCGGCACAAAUUAAGCACUGCCCCCAACACAACUGGAAAUCCAACCACUCUGGACCUCCCCCCGCUGCCCUCUCGGUCCAUAAAGAGGAAGUAAACAGACUGUUUAAGCGGCUGAGUCCAGACUGUGUCUCUCCUGCCACUCUGAGACACUGCGCUGAUAAGCUAGCUCCAGUCUUCAUGGGGAUCUUCAACACCUCCCUGGAGUCAUGCCAUUUUCCAGCCUGUUUCAAGUCCUCCAUCAUUGUUCCUGUCCCCAAGAAAUCUCGCAUAACUGGACCCAAUGACUACAGGCCGGUGGCUCUUACGUCUGUAGUCAUGAAGACCUUUGAACGCCUGGUUUUAUUCCACCUGAAGUCCAUCACCAACCCCCUCCUGGACCUCUGCAGUUUGCCUACAGAGCCAACAGGUCUGUAGACGACGCCAUAAACCUGGCUGCACCUCAUCCUGCAGCACCUGGACUCCCCAGGAACCUACGCAAGGAUCCUGUUCGUGGACUUCCGCUCUGCAUUCAACAUCAUCCUUCAUUGUGGCUUUGCUCCAAGACAAGCUUUCCCUGCUCCAUGUGCCUGACUCCACCUGCAGGUGGAUCACAGUCUUCCUGACGGACAGGAGUCAGUGUGUGCGGCUGGGGAAGAAUGUCUCAGACACUCGGGCUCUCAGAACAGGAUCUCCACAGGGCUGUGUACUUUCCCCUCUGCUCUUCUCCCUGUACACCAACUGUUGCACCUCCAACCAUGACGCCGUAAAGCUCAUCAAGUUUGCGGAUGACACCACCCUCAUUAUUUCGGAUGGAGAUGAGUCUGCCUACAGGAUGGAGGUGGACCGGCUGGUGACCUGGUGCUGCAGCAACAAUCUAGAGCUCAACACCCGGAAGACAGUGGAGAUGAUCGUGGACUUCAGGAAAGCCACAGCCCCCCUGCCCUCCCUCGACCUCACCGACUCCCCUAUCCCCACUGUGGACUGUUACCGCUUCCUCAGCACCACCAUCACCCAGGACCUCAAGUGGGAGCCAACCAUCAGCUCCCUCAUCAAGAAGGCCCAGCAGAGGAUGUACUUCCUGCGGCAGCUGAGGAGAGCCAAGCUGCCAGUCCAGCUGACGGUGCAGUUCUACACGGCCAUCAUCGAGUCCAUCCUCAGCUCCUCCAUCACGGUGUGGUACGCCGGGGCCACUGCUAGGGACAGACACAGACUGCACCACAUUGUGGGCUCUGCUGAGAGGGUGAUCAGUUGUAGCUUUCCAUCUCUCCAUGACCUGUACGUCUCCAGGACUCGGGGCCGAGCAGAUUGGAUCACAGCUGACCCUUCUCACCCUGCACACGGACUAUUUGAGACACUCCCCUCAGGCAGGAGGCUACGGUCCAUUUGGACCAGAACCUCCCGCCAUAAGAACAGUUUCUUCCCCUCUGCCGUCAGACACAUGAACACUUAAUAACUCGGUCACUUUAACUCGGUCACUUUAUCACUGGUCACUUUAGUUUGAUGUACUUUGGAUUUUUUAAUUGCACUCCUCCCACUGCACUGUUGUUCUAGAUUGUUUAGUUGUACAUAGCCUUUUAUACUUUUUGUACAUAGCAUUGUACAUAACCUUUAAUAUUUUUAUACUUUAUAUAUUUCUUCCAUGCUCUUAUUAGUUUUUAUUCUAGUAUUUUAUAUUUCUCUCUGUUUAUUGUUGCACCAUCAUGCCAAAACAAAUUCCUAGUCUGUGAAUCCUGUUCAUCGACAACGGCAAUAAAACCCCUUCUGAUGUCAGGUAUUCUUGGUGUGACCCUGUUAGAGCAGAAUCUGAGUCCAGUCUGACUGUUCCUUCAUACUGACUCAGGACCUGGUCCUGCUGAACACCUGUUGUAGAUGUUAACCCUCUCAUGUGUUUAACUCAGAUGAUAAAUUUAUGGUUGGCAUGGAAACACACAGUGAUGUUUACUAUAGAGAAUGAAGUACAGAAGGCUGACGUCUAAAAUACAGGCUGUGUUUCCAAACCAGACUAAAGUCAGUGAAUUAAAAACAUCUUUACUCUUUUACAGGAAAACUUCAUCCAAGUUUGACCACAUCACCGACAAAGUUCUGAUCCGUUCAGGAUCUCCUAAUGUCUACCAGCUGAAACCAAAGAAACAGGAAAUAGAAACAAAACAGGAAAUAGGAACAAAACAGGAAACAGGAACAAAACAGGAAAUAGGAACACUGACAAAAAUUACUCUGGGUAAAAAAAAUCCUAACAAGACAAACAGAACCAUCUUACUUGUUGGUGAAACAGGAACAGGAAAAUCUGCUCUGAUCAACGUUCUGGUCAACUACGCCAUGGGGGUGAAGUGGGAGGACGAUGUCUGGUUUGAGAUCGCAGAGGAGGAGGAGAAACAAGGUCAGGAGGAGAAACAAGGUCAGGAGGAGAGACCAGAUCAGACUAAAAGUCGGACCCUAGAUGUGAAAGUUUACGAGAUCUUUGGUUUUGAAGAUCAAACUCUGCCGUACUCUCUGACCAUCAUCGACACUCCUGGAUUUGGAGACACAAGAGAGGAUAAACAAGACGAUGCAGUCGGUCAAAGAUUGUUUCAGCUGUUCUCCUCAGAGGGUGGAGUUCGUGAGAUGAACGUGGUGGGUCUGGUUCUGAAGGCCAGUGAGAACCGUCUGACUGAUCGUCAGAGGUACGUCUUUGACUCCAUGGUGUCUCUGUUUGGGAAAAACAUGAAGGACAACAUCAUCGCCCUCAUCACACACUCAGAUGGAUGCAAACCCAAAAAUGCUCUGAAGGCUCUGGAGGCUGCAAACAUUCCGAUCGCCAACGAUGGAAACAAUGAGCCAGUUUACUUCUGGUUUAAUAACCGCCAAAACCAAGACAGGAACGAGGACAUGGACAUCCUUGAAUUUGCAGAGAAAAUAACAACAGAACAAAUCAAGAAGUUCUUUGACUUUCUGGAGAAAACUCCUCCUCAAGAUCUGACGAAAACUGUGGAAGUUCUGAAGACACGCAUCAGACUGACCGCCUGCACUCAGAACCUGCAGGAACGAGUUCAGUUGAUCGCACGACAACAGAACGAGAUCCAGCAGAUUCAGGAAGCUCUGAAGAAACACCAAGAAGAGAUGAGGAGGAACGAGAACUUCACUGUGGAGGUGGACGAGGUCUACAAAGAAAAAGAAAGAAUUGAUGGUGGGAGGUGGUUUUUGAGGUUAUUUUAUGAAGGAGCCGUCACCUGUAACAUCUGUGAGGAGAACUGUCACUACCCAUGCACAGUGGCCUGGUCUCCCAAACACUGUGAGGUCAUGAAAGAUGGCCGCUGCACUUCCUGUACCAACAAAUGCCCUGCAGCUGAUCACGUGAAGGAGGAGUGGAGGUAUGUGAUCAAGACCAGGAAAGUUAAGAAGACCCUUCAGGACGUGAAAGAGAAGUGUGAAAGAAGCCGAACAGACCAUGAGGAGAAGGAAAAACGUUUGAAAGAUCUGAAGGAGACCAAUGCUGGCCAAGAAGAUGUGAAAGAGAAGUUUGAAAAGAGUAAAACCACCUGUGAUGAGAUAACAGAUCUCCUGGAAGCUCUGAAGAGUAAAGCUGAAGAACUUCAGAGGGACAAAGAUCGAUGGUUGGAGGAGUCUUUCCAGCAUGUCCUCAAACUGGAGCAGAUCGCCCUCAAUACCAAUUCACUGUCCACUCAUGUCCACCUGGACUUCCUGAUUAAGGGGAUGAAGGAGAAAGGAGAGACAGAGAAGGUCCAGAAACUGGAGGAGAUGAAGAGACGAGAGGAUGAAGGAAUCAGAGCAGGACUGCGGUACUACGGACUACACUUUGGCAACCGACUGGUCAACGCUGGUAAAAAAGUUUUGGAUGGAAUAAAUAAGUGAGCUGGAUCUUUGUGAAGAAACCAAGUCCACCUGAGAAGACUGAAGAUCCUGAGAGAAGACUCAGUCCAGGACUGUUCAACCUGGUUUCAGUUUUUCUUCUGUGAGAAUAAUUUCAAAGUCUGGAGAUGUUUGAUCUUCAACUUUUUUAACUCCUGACCAGAUUUUUAAUCUGACCGUCUCUAAAAAAAUCAGUCUGUGUGAAGAUCUGAACUUUAUCAGUAAGUCAUAAUAUUCAUGUGUUCAUCAGUGAGUCACUAUAAUCAUGUGUUCAUCAGUUAGUCACAUUAAUCAUGUGUUCAUCAGUUAGUCACUAUAAUCAUGUGUUCAUCAGUUAGUCACAAUAAUCAUGUGUUCAUCAGUCAGUCACAAUAAUCAUGUGUUCAUCAGUGAGUCACAUUAAUCAUGUGUUCAUCAGUUAGUCACAAUAAUCAUGUGUUCAUCAGUCAGUCACAAUAAUCAUGUGUUCAUCAGUGAGUCACAUUAAUCAUGUGUUCAUCAGUUACUCAGUAUAUUCAAGUGUUCAUCAGUUAGUCACAUUAAUCAUGUGUUCAUCAGUUAGUCACAAUAAUCAUGUGUUCAUCAGUCAGUCAUAAUAUUCAUGUGUUCAUCAUUGAGUCACUAUAAUCAUGUGUUCAUCAGUUAGUCACAAUAUUCAUGUGUUCAUCAGUUAGUCACUAUAAUCAUGUGUUUAUCAGUGAGUCACAUUAAUCAUGUGUUCAUCAGUUAAUCACUAUAUUCAUGUGUUCAUCAGUUAUUCACAUUAAUCAUGUGUUCAUCAGUUAGUCACAAAAAUUAUGUGUUCAUCAGUUAGUCACAAUAAUCAUGUGUUCAUCAGUCAGUCAUAAUAUUCAUGUGUUCAUCAUUGAGUCACUAUAAUCAUGUGUUCAUCAGUUAGUCACAAUAUUCAUGUGUUCAUCAGUUAGUCACUAUAAUCAUGUGUUUAUCAGUGAGUCACAUUAAUCAUGUGUUCAUCAGUUACUCACUAUAUUCAUUUGUUCAUCAGUUAUUCACAUUAAUCAUGUGUUCAUCAGUUAGUCACAAAAAUUAUGUGUUCAUCAGUGAGUCACAUUAAUCGUGUUUUAUCAGUUAGUCACAUCAAUCAUGUGUUCAUCAGUUACUCAGUAUAUUCAUGUGUUCAUCAGUUAGUCACUAUAUUCAUGUGUUCAUCAGUUACUCACUAUAUUCAUUUGUUCAUCAGUUAUUCACAUUAAUCAUGUGUUCAUCAGUUAGUCACUAUAAUCAUGUGUUCAUCAGUUAGUCACAUUAAUCAUGUGUUCAUCAGUUAGUCAUAAUAUUCAUGUGUUCAUCAGUGAGUCACAUUAAUCAUGUGUUCAUCAGUUAUUAACAUUAAUCAUGUGUUUAUCAGUUAGUCACUAUAAUCAUUUGUUCAUCAGUUACUCAGUAUAGCCAUGUGUUCAUCAGUUACUCACUAUAUUCAUUUGUUCAUCAGUUUGUCACAUUAAUCAUGUGUUCAUAUUGUGGUCUUUUGUUUUAACUGUAAACUUCUUACAAUCAUUUUAAUCCAAACAUGUUAUUACAGUUUAUCUGUAGUGACUGUAGUUUAUAAUGGAGCCCUGAUUGAUGAAAGUGAUCGAUAAACUGAUUAAUAAACUGAUUAAUAAAAGUGAUUUAUAAACUGAUAAAUAAAGUGAUUGAUGGAUGAACUGUCUCUGCUCAGUCUGUCUUCAUUCGAUCAUCAGCUGUUUUUUAAAGUUGUUCCUGAUCACCUUUCUUUGUAAAUAUCUGUUUAUGUCUCAGACAGCUCCAGUUUAUUCUCUGAUUAGAAAGGUGAACAUGGUUCAAUAGAGAAUAUUGAUCUAUAAUUAGAAACAGCAGGAUGGAGACACUGAUGAUGGUUCCUGCGGUCACCAGCAGAGGGCGCUGAUGGCUGAGUUUAAAACAAACAGACCAAAUAAACUCCUUAAAUCAGUGUUAAAUAAAGUGAAGCAGUGAUUGUAAGUGGACUCAGUUUGAGUGUCAAUGACUUUUUUACCUCUUAAUAACAAACAGCUUUGUUGUGUCUUCAGCUGAAACACACAGGAGUCUUUUUCUAACCAGAGGGAUCUCUAAAGGUCUUUGUGUUCCAGCCUCAGUCACCUCCACAAAGGUGUGAGCUCCUGUUUCUGAGCUGAGAUGAUCACUGAAGGAGGAGAAACAUCCUGAUUGACCUUCUGAAAACCUUUAAAUCUGUCAGUGAGAAGAACAAGUUCAAGGAGACUCUGAAACUGAUGCUGAUCGAGUGUUUUCAGGGUUGUUUUUCAGUUCUUCAGAUUUCACAGAUUAUUAACUGUCACCUGUUUUAACUCCUUCAGCAGAUGUGUGCUUGUCUUUUCUCAGUUUCUCAUACUUUGUGUUAUAUAUCUCCUCUUACUGUCAGAGACUCUUGAAUUUUGCUCUCAACACAUCACAGACAUUUCU